CCACUGGGGAUGCGUUUACAAUAAAACAAAAAUAUAUUUGGAGUGGGGCUUAAAAAGGUUAUUAUCACUCUCUAUUCCAGAGAUGCAUAGAAUCUUCAAAAAGGGCUUGCACAGUCUUUACAACACAUAUUCAUGUUGGAAUAUCUUUUUGAGUUACUUUUUUGGAGCAAAUUUUUUUUUUGUUGUUGUUGUUUUUUAGUGAUAGUGGUUUUAUUUUAACCCGAUUUAUGUUGGGGUAAAACAGCCCAACUUGAGCAAUUUCUAACUGUGGAGUAUUUUAGUGCGCAGACAGAAAAAAUACAAUUGUUUAGAAACUGCAAGGGUUACAUUUUUUGAAUUUAAAAUAAAAUAAUCUUAGUAGAUAUGAAUUUAGAUGACGUUCCAGCAGUAAUGCGUUGAACAGUUGACCCCGGGGCUGCAGAGAGGACGCAGACUUGGAGCUGCGAGUCGCAUCUUUCCGCGGAGAUGCUGCAGCGCAACACGCCCCCUAACAGCCGGACCCGGAACACGGAAGUUGUUCACCUGGAGCUCCACUUCAGUUCAUCGGCCGGUGACCAGCAUCUGUGUUGGAUUUUUUAAGGGUAGCUGUGAAGCUUCAAGCAUGGAAACCGAGGAGAAGAAGGGAGCACCUGAGGUUCAGCAGGGUCAGGUCAGCCCCCCCACCAGCGCGCCACAGCUCUCUGACUGCGCCAAGGACGCGCAGGAGCUGCAGUCUGCGUGCGCAACGAUCCGCGCAAAGCUCGACAACCUCUCCGCGGAUACCUCCCUGAUGAACUUUAAAUUCAAGAAGUUCUUCGUUUUACGGCCCGGCACUCUAAAUCAGGCCAUCAAAGACGUGGAAGCUCUGGUGAAUAAGGAGGAGGACGGCAAUGUGCAGAGCGUCUGGCUGAUGGCAGAAGUGGACCACUGGAACAAUGAAAAGGAGCGCCUUGUUCUCAUCACAGACAACACUCUCCUGGUCUUCAAGUAUGACUUCAUCAUGCUCCUCUGUGAGCAAAUCCAGAAGAUCUCCCUCAACUUCGUGGACCGCCUGACCCACGGCACCUUCAAUUUUCCCAAGCGUUCCCUGCUCAAGAGAGAAGGGGUAGGCCUGCGCAUCGAUUGGGACCGCCUGAGAGAACCCUCCUUCUCCUCCAAGUGGAACCCCUUUUCAACCGACUUCCCCUUCAUCACCUUCACUUCCCACCCCGUGUCGAGCACCAACGACACCUUUGCUUCUCUCUGUGACCUUGAUAAAUUCAGGGAGCAUCUGAAGGCGGCAGCAGAAAAAGCUCACGCCAGAAAUCCAGUACCUGGAAAAGCUAAUGGCGUAACGGUCCUCAAUCAACCAAUCACCAUCGAGGCAUAUGUGGGCGCCAUGUCAUUCCUUGGAAACCAGAACAAGCUGGGCUACUGCAUGGCUCGAGGAGGAGUUGGCUUCUAAACUCUGUUGAUUUACUUUUGUUUUGUGGUGUGUGAUGGUCAAACAGCUGUGCCAGCCAGGACUCCCAGCGCUCACUUUCCUUACCAGUCUGAGUGCUCCCAAAUAUCCAUAUUUCAACACCGCUCUUCAGUGGAUGAUUGAUUCCCCUCUACUUCCAGCGAGCUUUGUGUUCAUUCUUCAGUGAAAUGGUAAUUCAACUCUUUCGCAACGGGACUCCUUUCUUCCUCCCCCCCGGUAUCUGCUAAAAGCUGAUUCCCAUGCCAUUCAGGCCCUUGGAGAUUCACUCAAGCAUACAUGCACAUUUGUCAGUUUGGUUUUAUCGCUUGCUGUGUAUUUUUACAGUCCUCAAAUUCCUCCUUGAUUUCUGUGUAUGAUUCACAGUCCUCUGACAUAAAGACACAACUUUUGUUUUCUUUUAAAAUCUUCCUUUUCAGAAAUGUUAUUGCCUUUAAUGCCAUUGUUAUGUCAUUGUGUUCCUGCAGUGAAUGCACCAUAGAUAGUCCUCGUCACAUGGGUUAAGCUCUGGUAAACAUGCUGACCAAACUUGUCACUACUGGAAAAAAAUGUAAUUAUUAAUGAUUGAUCAUUUACGGAUUGUGGAAUAAUGAGGGUUUUUUUUUUUUUUGGUUUUUGUAACUGAAAAAAAAAUGUACUUUUAAUUCAUAAUAUCUAAGCUUUUACUAUUUAUCACUGUAAAGAGGAGAUUGGUGCUAUGGGUUUGAUCAUGUCAUAAAACUACAGUAAAGCCACACUGUUGGUUUUUGAA